CAGUCCGCCGGUCUGUACUGUGGAGCUUGUUUUGUUUUUAUUGGUGCGAUGCCUCCUGCGCAAGGAUCACCGGGCGGAGCUGGAGCGAUCUCUCGGCGUUACCGCGUGCGAUAAGCAUUUGCCCGGCAUCUAAAUCUGCAGCGAACAUUCGAUUCCCGUCUUGAAAUGCCGCAGCGCGGAUUAGGAGGACUUCGGGCCAAAACGCAAAGAAUGGCGCCUGGCAGGAUCGUGCCUGCAGGGGCAGGGCUCCUCUGAGCGCCCGGCUGCUGAAACAAGAUCGGCCCGAGAGGUUCGUCAAGAUGGCAACGCACUGCGAAGGGGCCGGCAAAGACGACCUCAAGACGCAAUUCACAACCAGGGAGGGCACCUACAAGGUCCUCAGUUUGAGCGAAUACUCGCGGCCCAACCGCGUCGGCUACAACAGCCAGUCCAACAGCCCGGUCAAGGUGUCGUUUGUGUCGUUGCCGGACUCGAGCGAAGAGCGGAUCUGCUUCAACGUGGGCCGGGAACUGUACGUCUACAUGUACCGCGGUGUUAAGAAGGCUGCCGACCUAAGCAAGCCCGUGGACAAGCGCGUGUACAAAGGCACAUACCCGACGUGCCACGACUUCCACCCGACCGCCACAUCCGAGGGUGGCCUGCUGCUCCUGGUGGGCUUCUCUGCAGGGCAGGUGCAGCUCAUCGACCCCGUCAAAAAGGAACUGAGCCGCCUGUACAACGAUGAGCGCUUCAUCGACAAGAGUCGCGUCACCUGCGUCCGCUGGCUGCCCAACUCCUCCAGCCUGUUCUUGGUUUCGCACGCCAGUGGCCAGCUCUACGUCUACAAAGAGGACCUGCCCUGCGGCUCCACGCCGCCCCACUACCAGCUGUUCAAGCAGGGCGAUGGCUUCUCAGUGUUCACCUGCAAGACAAAGAGUACCCGAAACCCGCUUUACCGCUGGGUCGUGGGCGAGGGCGCGUUACAUGAGUUCGCCUUCUCACCGUGCGCUCGCUACCUCGCCACGGCCAGCCAGGACGGCUUCCUGCGGGUCUUCUGCUAUGACACGAUGGACUUGGUCGGUCUGGUGCGCUCCUAUUUCGGGGGACUGUUGUGUGUCUGCUGGAGCCCCGACGGGCGCUAUGUGGUGGCCGGCGGCGAGGACGACUUGGUGACCGUCUGGUCGUUCCAGGACAAGCGGGUGGUGGCGCGCGGACAGGGUCACCGGUCGUGGGUGCAGGGGGUGGCCUUCGACGCAUGCCUAGAGGGUGGACACGCGUCGGGGGACUGCCCGGACACGUCGUACCGGUUCGGAUCGGUCGGGCAGGACACGCAGCUCUGCCUUUGGGACCUUACGGAGGACGUGCUCAAGCAGCCGCGAGCGCGCACGAGCCUGUUGAUCGGGAGCAGUCCAGGGACAACGGGAUCGGACGCCCGGAAGCGUGCCGCGGGGGCGCGGAACCGGUUGGUGGGGACACCGGCAUGCCCGCGGCUCGACGAGGUGCCGAUGUUGGAGCCGCACAUCUGCAAGAAGGUGGCACCGGAGAGGCUGACAGCGCUCGUGUUCCGCGAAGACUGUCUGGUGACCGCCUGCCAGGAGGGAUACGUCUGUACCUGGGCGAGGCCCGGAAGGGCUUCGACCGUCGUAUAGGGCCGAACUCACGAGAACUCUCGACAUGCCAAAUGUCUGCGCCGCGCUCGGCAGUUCACGAGGAACGCGCCGGCCGCAUCGAAGUGCGUCACAAUGUGUGUUGGGGUCUCAGGGCGUUUCCGAGCGCUGUUCGCUUGUAAACAAAUUUGUAUCAAUGAACCAAAUACACUGAGAGUUUUCGCAGA